UUUAAUCUUUCAAGAGUUUGUACUCAUUUCUAUUCAGGAAUUGCUUUUCUCUUUGAUCUUUUCCCUUUUAUCCUUCUAUCUGAUUUCAACUUAGCAAAAAUGAUGGUGUACAAGAGGCAUCUUGAUAAGAUAGAAAAGGCUCUAGAAUAGGUCUUGGAGGCUGGGAGGCUCUUCUGUAAUAUUCUUCAGGCUAGACUAGGAAAAGGAUUUCAAACCAGUGUUCACCAAAUCCCUAUUAUAAGAAUUACCAGAGAUGCUUAUUAAAAAUACAAGUUCUUAGAUACCUACUUAGAUCUAUUCAAUAAGACUUUUCAAAGCAAAGGCCUGUAAAUUGUGUGUGGUGUGUGUGUGAAUUGCUGUGAAAAUUUGUAGUUAUAAGUAUAUAUACAAAUAUAAAUAUAUAUGUAAAUAUAUAUAUCCCUAAGUGAUUUUUAGCAUCAGGGAAGUUUAGUUUAUGUAGGACAAGAUUAAGAUUCCUUCCAUCUCUGAUACUAUUCGAUUUUAUAAAUGCUAGCAUGGUAUUGCCAUAAUCAAAAGAAGAAUUUCACCUAAACAAACGAGUAUCAGAGAACCAAUGCCAGUACUCUAAAGUCUGGUAUUUAGGGCACCUAUAAGCACAAAUGAAUUGGUGCCUUGCCUACCAGUGCUAUUCCAUCUGCUCUGAGAGAUCAAAUGCUAUUCCAGAGGUACAAGGCCAGAGCAGGGGGAGCCGGUGAUAUAAUUAGAUCUUAAAAGCAUCUGUGCCUCUAGUGGUUAAUUUGACUAGUAAGUUUUGACUGUUCAUCUGUUUUGUAUCCAGAGUCAUUAACCAAACUAGGUCAGAAAGUGCAGUACUUCCUGAAAGAAUAACUGUAGCUUAAUCAUUAAUGUCACAAACAGAAAUGAAGUGGACCCUUCUUUGGGUAAAGGUUGAUGGGAGAGAAGCAGGAGGAGGAGUGAGUAGAAGCUGGGAAAACAUGGUCAAAGUCUAAGAUGGAGUUUAGGGAGGAAAGGGUAGAGUUUCUCCUGGUCUUAUUUGUCAAUAACUCAAAUAGGUAAUGUAAGAAUUUUAUGAGGGAGAGAGUCAUAGGUUCUCAUAUUCUAAAAUAAAAUAAUUCAUUCUCCUGUUUCCUGACUUCUUUUUUGGUUUAGUCCUCAUUUUUCUUAUUGCUCUCUAGCCAUUCUUUUCCUUUUUCUUUUGAUUGACAUCUAGAUGGGCACCGUACUCUCUUGUUCUUUUACCUCUUUGACUUAGCAAAAAUAAUACUGUCUAAAAUGUAUCUAUCAUUGUCAUCUCUGUUCUUGUUCCUCCUCUGAUAAGAACUAAAUAUUAUAUUCUGGAGUCAUUUGGGAGUCCAUUCACUGAAAAUUAAGAAAUAUGAUGUUUAUAAUGGUUCCUAGAAAAUAACUGGCUCAUAAUUUUUACACAAAUUAAAUUUUAUUUACUAAUUAAAUGAUGGAUUCAUCUUGAAGUGAGAAAAUGAAAACACAGGGAAUGAAUUUAGCAAAGGAGAAGAAUGAUUCCCAAAUGUACAUCACCAACCCUUUCCUUUUGUUUUCUUCAGCUCCACCUCUUUAAUUGCUUAUAAGACAUUUCUAGUUGAACUUUAUUAUGCUGAAAACCAAAAAUCAACAUUUUUUGUAUCUCUCCAAAUUCUGUUUGGAGAUAACUUUCCCUCUUUGAUGCAUUUCAUUUCUCCUACAUUGCUAUGUUUUUAUUUCUAUAGUUUCCAUUCCUAAGUAAUGACCACAGGCAUUACUGAUACUAAUCUGUAGUGGCAUAGUGAAAAUUCCAGAUCUGCCACUUACUGGCCACAUGACUUUGGACAAAUUACAUAACCUCUUAGGACAUUAGUUCCUAUAAAAUGGGGAUAGUAGUAAGAAUUAGAACAUGUAGAUAUAAUAUAUAUGUGUGUGUGUGUGUGUGUGUGUGUGUAUAAACCUUCCCCACAAUAGGUGUGCAAUAAAUGGUAGCUAUUAUUACCCUGAAAUCGAUUUCAAAAUCUGCUCUAAGCUAUGCUCCAGGCAUUGUGUUCUUAACUAAUUUUCACUCAUUUGAAAUUUUCCAGCAUUAUACUGUCUCAUCCCGUGAUGUGUUAUUCUCACUCCCCUGUGACAUAAAUGUUCUUUUGAACUAGUCUCUGAGACCCAAUCCUUCCUUUCUCUAUAGCUUUCUGCUUUGCAGGCGGCUGCUGACGCCUGACACCCACAGGGUUAAACCUAGUUGCUGAAGCCACCCCCUCUUCCCCUCCCAGUCCCCCUUUUCACAGUAGCCUGGCAGCUGUCCCAACUGCCUACCGAAGCCAAAUGCUUGAAGAGAGAGAGAGUAAGGAGCCAGCCAUGAAUCUCUUCCAGACAAAUGAGUUCAAGGAAACUCCUUUUUUACCUGUCUCCCCUGAAGAGGUACCACCUCGACCCCCCAGCUUUCCAAAGAAGCCAUCUCCGAAAAUCUGUGGCUCCAACUAUCCACUGAGUAUUGUCUUCAUUGUGGUGAAUGAAUUCUGUGAGCGCUUUUCCUAUUAUGGCAUGAAAGCUGUGCUGACCCUGUAUUUCCUGUAUUUCCUGCACUGGAGUGAAGACACUUCCACAUCUGUAUACCAUGCCUUCAGCAGCCUCUGUUAUUUCACUCCCAUCCUGGGAGCAGCCAUUGCUGACUCAUGGUUGGGAAAAUUCAAGACAAUCAUCUAUCUCUCCUUGGUGUAUGUGCUUGGCCAUGUGAUCAAGUCCAUGGGUGCCUUACCAAUACUGGGGGGACAAAUGUUACACACAGUCCUGUCAAUGGUCGGCUUGAGUCUAAUAGCUUUGGGGACAGGAGGUAUCAAACCCUGUGUGGCAGCUUUUGGUGGAGACCAGUUUGAAGAAAAACAUGCAGAGGAACGGACUAGAUACUUCUCAGUCUUCUACCUCUCCAUCAAUGCAGGGAGCUUGAUUUCUACAUUUGUCACACCCAUGCUGAGAGGAGAUGUGCAAUGUUUUGGGAAAGACUGCUAUGCAUUGGCUUUUGGAGUUCCAGGAUUGCUUAUGGUGAUAGCUCUUGUUGUGUUUGCAAUGGGAAGCAAAAUAUACAGAAAACCACCUCCUGAAGGAAACAUAGUGACUCAAGUUGUCAAAUGUAUCUGGUUUGCCAUUUCCAACCGUUUCAAGAACCGUUCUGCGGACAUUCCAAAGCGAGAGCACUGGCUGGACUGGGCAGCUGAGAAAUACCCAAGGCAGCUCAUUAUGGAUGUGAAGGCACUGACCAGGGUACUGUUUCUUUAUAUCCCAUUGCCCAUGUUCUGGGCUCUUUUGGAUCAGCAGGGCUCACGAUGGACCUUGCAAGCCACCAGGAUGAAUGGGAAUUUGGGUUUUUUUGUGCUUCAGCCUGACCAGAUGCAGGUACUAAAUCCCUUUUUGGUUCUUAUCUUCAUCCCACUGUUUGACUUUAUCAUUUAUCCUCUGGUCUCCAAGUGUGGCAUUAACUUCACAUCACUUAGGAAAAUGGCUGUUGGUAUGAUCCUAGCAUGCCUGGCCUUUGCAGUUGCUGCUACUGUAGAGAUAAAAAUUAAUGAAAUGGCCCCACCCCAACCAGAUUCCCAAGAGAUUUUCCUACAAGUCUUGAAUCUGGCAGAUAAUGAGGUGAAGGUUACAGUGCUGGGAGAUGAAAACAACUCUCUGUUGGCAGAGUCCAUCAAAUCCUUUCAGAAAAUGCCACACUAUUCCAAACUCCACCUGAAGACAAAAAGCCAGAAUUUCCACUUCCAACUGAAAUAUCACAAUUUGUCUGUCUACACUGAGCAUUCUGUGGAGGAGAAAAAAUGGUACACUCUGAUCAUUCGAGAAGAUGGGAAAAGUAUUUCUAGCAUGAUGGUAAAGGAUGAAGAAAACAAAACAACCAAUGGGAUGACAGCCAUGAGGUUUGUUAACACUUUGCAUGAAGAGAUCAACAUCUCCCUGGGUACAGAUACCUCCCUCAGUGUUGAAGAAGACUAUGGUGUGUCUGCUUACAGAACUGUGCAAAGAGGAGAAUAUUCUGCGGUGCCUUGUAGAACAAAAAAUGAGGAAUUUUCACUGAAUUUGGGUCUACUAGACUUUGGUGCAGCUUAUCUGUUUGUUAUUACUAAUAGCACCAGUCAGGGUCCUCAGGCCUGGAAGAUGGAAUAUAUCCCAGCCAACAAAAUGUCCAUCGCAUGGCAGCUACCACAAUAUGCCCUUGUUACAGCUGGGGAGGUCAUGUUCUCUGUCACAGGACUUGAGUUUUCUUAUUCUCAGGCUCCCUCUAGCAUGAAGUCUGUACUCCAGGCAGCCUGGUUGUUGACAGUUGCAGUUGGGAACAUCAUCGUGCUUAUUGUGGCACAGUUCAGCAGCCUGGUACAGUGGGCCGAAUUCAUUUUGUUUUCCUGCCUCCUGCUGGUGGUCUGCCUGAUCUUCUCCAUCAUGGGCCACUACUAUGUUCCUAUAAAGCUAGAGGAUAUUCAGGGGUCAGCAGAUAAGCAGAUUCCCCAAAUCCAAGGAAACAUGAUCAACCUGGAGACCAAGAAGACAAAGCUCUAAUGACUCCCUGGACUCUGCCCAGACCCCAAUUCCUGACUCUGAUCUUGGCCAUCACCAUCUUUAAGCAUUUCUUACUCCGACUUGGUUAGAAAAGAGAAGUAGUGUCAUAUCUGAGCUAAUCUCCUCUAUUUUUCUCCCAUGAUAGAGGCAGUUCUAGGACUGGGUUUUUCAGUACAUUAUAGCAAGUCCCCUGAGACUCUAUGUCUUCCCAUCUCUCAGUGAACUCGGUAAACCUUGUGUAGUGUUGCUGAAGCUGGCCUGCUACCUCCAAAUGGCCAUGAAAAACACAAAUGUAAAAUUGAGGUUAGUCUCUGUGGUUAUCAAAGUUAUGUAGGAAUUGUUUUACCUGCCAUUUAGAACUGAUGACCCCACUUUUUGAAGUGCUGAUUUAGAGGCAAAAUUGCAGAAUAACAGAGAAAUGGUAUUUCAAGUUUCUUCAUUAGCAGUGUAAUUGUACUGUGUACAAGGACCUCAAGAAUUGGUAUGUCUGGUGUGAUCUGGUCCAGGGCCUGGCUUCUCAGGUAUCCAGAUUUGAUAAGACCGUAGUUAAUUUUUCAGUACAGAGAGUAGGAAACAAAAUGACAUUUUAUUAACACAUAGGAGAAGAUAUAUCUUUCUGACAAUUACAGUAUUUUAUCCACUAACCCAAAUCCCCUUUCUCAGUACUGAUAGAUAUUUGGAAACCAAAUUAAAGAUAGUAAACAUGGCUCUGGAAAAGAGAACAAGUAUAAAUUGCAGAAGUCCUGAUGAGCCAUUUCUUCUACAGUGUACAUUCUUCUUAGGGACUACAAUGUUUCAGCCCUAGAGUACGCCCUCCUGUGGACAGCUGUGUAGACACUAAUUAUAAUUUUCCACCCCUGCCUUUUCAAUGUUGUUGGGCCAGCUUUGUCUUAUUAUUGCAUCAUCUUGCUUAUUGCAACAAGUAUUUAAUAACAACAGUAUUUUUAUGAACAUAACUUCCUUUUUUAUUAGUACUUCCUUCGGCCUCAAAGUAGUGGAUCUGUUUUGAUAAUUUUUCCUGUUUUACUUUUCCCAAAAUUUUUAAAUGCCAUUUCUUCAUUUAGGCCUAGAUUUUCCUGUUUAUUAAAAAAAAAAAGUUAUAUUAAUACUCUAGGUUUGAGCUUCUAAAAUGGCAGUGCUCCAUGGGGGACAUGGUCCCAUAUCAGGAUUCUAACAAAAUGUGGGGGUUGAGGGAAGGAGUGGUAGAACAUGACAGGUUUUUGUUUGUUGCUGUGUUGGCGAAAGAAGUUGAGAAAUAUUACCUUGCACACAAUGAAUGAAUCAGUGGACAAACAUGGGAAUAUCAUGACUCUACAGUGUAUUGCUGGGGGAAAAGUUCAGAACAGUUGUCCUAGAGAGCCUCAUUUCCAUUGGUUUUGCUCCAUUAUUCUCAUCUAGAACUGUGUUGAGUCAGUCUCACGUUAUAAACGUAACAAGGAAAGUUGCUUAAGUUUCCCAAGCUUUAAUACUCUAGUCUUAGUUACCAAGUUUUCCGAAGUACCGAAGUGACAGCAACACCAUCCAGUUUCCACAGAUAUCUUAAUGUGAACCUGACUGUGCUUCUUCAGAAGAUUCUCUGUUCAUUUUUGAGCAGCUUUAACUCAAUCUGUUCUAUGAACUAUUGUUUCAAGAGAUAGUAACAGUGCUCUGUGAAUAAAAGUUUUUAUGGAUAAAUAA